AUGAGCUCCGACGAAAGGGCGACGAGCAAUGCGUACCCGGUCUCCCUAUCAGAAAUCGAGUUCCCGUCUGCAGCCGUCUCAGUAUCACAGCUUCUAACAUCAUUACGGCGUUCUGCGCUGUCAGUUACGAAUCGUCUACGCUCAAUUGAAGCAGACGCCCGCUUUGUGUCAGAGGUGGCCGAGCAUUAUGGGGGUUUACCCCUCAUUGCCAACGAACGCUGUGGCAGUUGGUAUAUCAAUCCGACGCGCAAGGCCGGUAGCGUCUACUUCAAAAGCACGGAUGGCCAUACUGGGGUCUGGGAGUUUAGUUUCCGUAGGCUCAAUUUGCAGGUUCUCGAGCUUGCUCGGCAGCGUGGCGGGUGUAUUAUCGUGGAUUCUACCCGCAGGGGUAAAUUGAUGCCCGAUGCUCUCUCCAAAACUGUUCCGAUAUGGAGUGCUGUUUUGAAUCGAGCCCUGUUUCCAUCAGAACCUGCAUAUCACCUAGUCCAGUUCCCGCCUAAUUUUCUACCUGCCUCGGAAGAAGCACAAAUCGAGAGACGAAUUGACGGAUUUGUCAAGACCUUCAAGGAGUUGAAACUUGAUUUGGACCAAUUGAGAAAGGAUCUAGGCUCUCCAAUCAAGAUUGCAUGGGCCAAUCAGACCUACUUUUAUCCUACCACACUUCAGAAAGGGGAUGGCUACAACCUUUUUGUGCUCUGCUCGGCCUCGAGAAGAGUGCACGGUGCCGAGGCAUCUGAAGGAGGGUAUAUUCAAGGCGCAGGCGACGACGCUGAGAAAUGGUCUCAUGGAUUGACUCCCCCUAUUUUUUGGGCAAAUCGGGACCUUCUCAUUAAUACAGAUGAGAGCGACCUACCGCAUGUCAUUCAAGAGUUGGUCUCGAAGACUGAUGCCCACAGUAAUGGUGAUACUAAAGUCGGCGUCCCGAUCCGCCCAUCGUCGAAUCUAUACAUCUGCCAGUCCCGACCCAACGACUUAAGAAUACAGGGUGAAUAUGAUCUCGCCAUCGCCUGUAAUGACAAGCCUGAUCUGUCCACUGCGAAGAGGUUGAAUCUUGGUUGUGGUUCUCACAAACUCGGCAGUCGAGAUCUACGGGCUGCCUUGGACAAAGUGAAAGCGUUUGCAGAGAACAACCUCACGGCCAAUCCGGCACAAUCAAUACUAGUCACUUGUGAAACGGGGAAGGAUCUUUCUGUCGGGACACUUUUGACUAUCAUUUGCCUUUUUUAUGAUGACAAUGGCAAGUUCGUCGGACCGCAAACAGACGUAUACAUCGACAAACAAUAUAUCCGCCAACGCUUGACAUGGAUCGUAACGUCAAAACCGGACGCGAACCCUUCACGAGCGACACUCCAAUCAGUCAACGCAUUUCUUUUGCAGAGGCCAGAUUGA